AUGGUGGCCCCCGAUGAGCCCAGUCAGCCGACAUGGAAAUUUACUCAGUGCUUCGGUGACAAAGGCGACGUAGAGGACAUUACCGAAGCGGAUAUAAUCUCGACGGUUGAAUUCGACCAUACUGGGAAUUACCUAGCUACUGGCGAUAAAGGUGGACGAGUGGUGCUUUUUGAACGGAACGAAACAAAGAAGACUUGUGAAUACAAAUUCCAUACUGAAUUUCAAUCGCACGAACCAGAAUUCGACUACUUGAAAUCCUUGGAAAUAGAAGAGAAGAUAAAUAAAAUCAAGUGGUGUCGACGGCAAAACGCAUCGCAUUAUCUUUUGUCUACGAAUGAUAAGACGAUAAAGCUUUGGAAAGUCUUUGAGAAGUCACUGAAGGUUGUCGCAGAGAACAAUUUGUCCCACGAUUUGACACCGGGUGGUGCUCUUGAUGCGAGUGCCCUCAAACUUCCUCGUUUAACGCACCACGACACUGUUGUCGCGGCUGUCCCUCGUCGAAACUAUGCGAACGCUCACGCCUAUCACAUCAAUAGCAUAUCCGUUAAUAGCGAUGGAGAGACCUUCAUAAGUAGCGAUGACCUAAGGAUUAAUCUUUGGAAUCUGAACAUACAAGAUCAGAGCUUUAAUAUCGUUGAUAUCAAGCCCGCCAACAUGGAAGAACUUACUGAGGUCAUAACGGCUGCAGAGUUUCAUCCGCAAAGUUGCAACUGGUUUAUGUACGCGAGUUCCAAGGGCACGAUCAAGCUUGCGGAUAUGCGAGAGAAUGCUCUAUGCGAUCAGCAUGCUAAGCAAUUCGAACAAGAAGAGGAUCCAUCAGCGAGGUCAUUCUUCUCCGAAAUCAUAUCUUCCAUUUCAGACGUACGCUUCUCUCACGACGGCAGGUAUAUACUGUCGCGCGACUACUUGACCGUCAAGAUAUGGGACGUAAACAUGGAACGCACACCUGUAAAGACGAUCCCGAUACACGAGCAUUUACGGCCCAGACUGUGCGACACAUAUGAAAAUGACAGCAUAUUUGACAAAUUUGAGGUUGUCUUCUCAGGGGAUGCGAAGAACGUCAUGACUGGCAGCUACAACAAUAAUUUCAUGAUCUAUCCUUCGGACGCAGAGAAGGAAACAGAAGUCGUCCUACAGGCAGACAAAUCUGCCUUCAAACAGAAAAAGAUAGGCGUCCCCACGCCAAUCAACAGCGCAUCGGCGAGCAAUGGAGGCCCAUCUGGGAAGAAGGGAGGCUCAAGAGCGGGUAGUCCUGCCGCCGGCGCGGGACAGGGAGCAAGAAUGAAGAAAGAGACAGACGCCGACCAGAUAGAUUUCAACAAGAAGAUAUUGCAUAUGAGCUGGCAUCCCUUCGAGGACAGCAUUGCCAUAGCGGCUACGAAUAAUCUGUUUGUGUUCUCGGCACUGGAGCAGCCUGAUAGCGGCAAUUUGAUCACAUUCACCCAGUUCCUCGUCGUCACCAUCCUCACCUAUGCUCCGCACUUCUCGCCCAAAGCUUCUGCCUUUUUCUUGAAGCCCCGAGCUGUGCCUCUACUGAGCGGAGGUAGCGUCAUGACUAUGCUGGUAGGCUGGGCAUGGGGAAAGAGGUACACCAGAAUUCAAGGUGCGUGGCCGCAGUCACAAGCUUUCAGAAGUACUGUCCUAAAUGCCAUCCUUUCAGUCUUGAGCGUUGUCAUGCUCACAGUCGGCAUCAUAACAGCAGCAACGGCAGAUGCCAGAUCGAAGGGCAAGUCCUUCUCCUCAUCCUCAGCCUCGACCUUUGACCUCGAUCUUUUGACUGGCCUCUCCAUCCUCUUUGUUGCCCAACUCCUUUCCGCCAUCAUGGGCCUUUACGUGCAACUCACCUAUGCCAAAUACGGUUCUCAUUGGCACGAGAACCUCUUCUACAGCCAUACUCUCUCCCUGCCUCUCUUCUUACCAUUGCUACCUUCCCUCGCCAACCAAUUCAACAAGCUAUGUCAGUCACCGCCUCUCGCCCUUUCCCCCGCCAUCCUGCUCCAGAAUGCCGCUUCUUCUACUCUGGCAGGAGAAAAGCCUCAGCUCCCGCCCAUUUUGUUGACACCAACAAGUCUUGUGGCUGUCCCAAUACACGUAGUCGCAUUGCUUGCGAAUGCUGGCACGCAAUUCGCUUGUAUACGUGGUGUUAAUAUUUUGGCUUCAAGAACAUCGGCUGUGGGUGUUAGCAUUGCCUUGAACGUGAGAAAAUUAGUGAGCUUGUUCAUUAGCAUUUUGGUGUUUGGGAACGUGUUGCCUUUGGGUGUAGAGGUAGGGGCCGCUAUCGUCUUUGCGAGUGCGGCACUGUGGGCUUGGGAAGAGGGGAGGUUGGGAAAGGAGCGGAAAGAAAAGGAGGGGGCGAGGAAAGAACCGGGAGAGAAGAAGAUACAGUAG